UUUUUUCCAUAUCUAGGUGUUAAUUUGUACUGUGAUUUUGAGUGCUUGGCCUGAAGUUUAGAAAGUUCGGAGGAUUGUUUUGUAGUGUUUAUCAUAAAUCGUCACUUUAUAAGUAACUUAAAUCCACAAAAAAAAAAUCGUCAUUUAAUUUUGUUUUUACAUAGUGAGCUAUAAUGAAAGUAUUUUUUUGGGCUUUCAUAUUUGCGACUAUUCUGGUCGCUGUAUCUGCCGAAGAGGGCUUAUCAGAGCCACAUUUCCUUUCAGAUGAAUUUAUUGAACUAGUGCGCAAUAAAGCCAAAACUUGGACGCCCGGACGAAAUUUUCAUGAAUCCGUUGGCGAAAAUUACGUACGCCGUUUAAUGGGUGUGCACCCAGAUUCACACAAAUUUGCUCUUCCUCAUCUAUUGAAAGACACAGCCGGAGAUGAGAUAGAGUUGCCGGAAGAAUUUGAUUCACGGGAGCAUUGGCCUCAUUGCCCGACCAUUUCGGAAAUUCGAGACCAAGGAUCUUGCGGAUCUUGUUGGGCAUUUGGCGCAGUGGAAGCGAUGUCCGAUAGGGUUUGCAUCCACUCCGAAGGAAAACAGAAUUUUCAUUUCUCCGCUGACGAUUUAGUAUCUUGUUGUCAUACUUGUGGUUUCGGUUGUAAUGGUGGAUUUCCUGGAGCUGCCUGGAGUUACUGGACUCGUAAAGGUAUAGUUAGUGGCGGACCUUUUAGCUCCAAACAGGGUUGUCGCCCUUACGAGAUUGCACCUUGUGAACACCAUGUAAAUGGAAGUCGCCCGGCUUGCGAUGGCGAACAUGGAAAAACACCCCGUUGUCAGCAUCAAUGCGAAUCUAGUUACAAAGUAGAUUACGCAAAGGAUAAGCAUUACGGUGCUAAAGCAUAUUCUAUCGGUCGAAAUCAGCGAGAUAUUCAGGAAGAGAUUUAUACGAAUGGACCAGUAGAGGGUGCUUUCACGGUUUACGAAGAUUUAAUACUGUACAAAGAAGGCGUUUACCAACAUGUGGUAGGGAAAGAACUAGGCGGGCACGCUAUCCGCAUCUUAGGCUGGGGAGAAGAAAAAGGAACACCCUAUUGGUUAAUUGCAAACUCAUGGAACACCGACUGGGGUAAUAACGGAUAUUUUAAAAUUUUGCGUGGAGAGGAUCAUUGUGGCAUUGAAAGCUCCAUAUCUUCUGGUCUUCCGAAGCUUGAUUAAUUACAAAAUUACUUUUGACGAUAAUCGAUGUCAAACAUUUAUGAAUUAUACAUGUAUACAACAUUUAAA